AUGACGCGUCUGGACAAUAAAGAAGUGAUACUCGUGGCCUGUGGAGGACCUUCAUCAAGUGGUAAAACAACAGCAUCCAAAACUCUCCAGAAUUUUCUCCCGGACUUAACCGUAAUCCAUCUCGACGACUUUUAUCUCCAUGAUACAAAAAUACCAAUAGACGACGCCACAGGAAUGCAGAAUUGGGAUUGUCCUGAAGCAAUUGAUUUUGAUCGUUUCAUUGGCUACAUCAGAGACAUUAAACAUAACAAUACUUCUAUUCCGGAGAUAAAUUCAAAGGAACCAACGGAGGUAAACUUGAAAUUAUCACAAAAAGAAAUAGCUCAUUUCCAGAAUAAAGUUAAUGAAUCCCAAGAGAUAUUCCAGAAUAAGAAACUUGUAUUGGUAGAUGGCUUUAUGUUAUAUCAUAAUCCAGAAAUAAUAGAAUUGUUUGAUAUAAAAUUAUUCUUUCAUGCUUCAUAUGAAACUUUAAAAGAAAGAAGAGAAUCUCGUUCAGGGUAUACGACAUUGGAUGGUUUUUGGGUAGAUCCGCCCCAUUAUUUUGAAAAGAUUGUAUGGCCAGCAUAUGUUAGAAGUCAUCAAUACUUAUUUCAAGAUGAAAAUGUGCAGCUGAUAUUAAAGAAAGAUGUCCGUAACAAGUAUAAUAUCUUAGACAUUGAUAAUGAAAAGGAAAUGUCGUUAUUUCAUUUGAUUGAAUGGUCAUUGACGUCAAUUAUCAACGGCAUAUGA